AUGGCAGAACAAGAAGGCACAGCGCCUUCAGCGCAAGGGAAUGGAUCUUGCCCCCUGAAGGUGAAUUUCGAUUGGAACUGGACACUCAAGUUAAGGUCGAGGCAAGUGCUAGCUUUACACCUCAAACGCGGAACUGCAGAGCUAUUUGGAACUGAAUUAGCUGAGGGCUAUCCAUAUACAUUCGAGCCUGGACGCAAGCUAGCUAUAUUCUCAUGGCACGGAUGCACUCUAUCAGUCACAGGAAAACCAACCGUAGCUUACACUGCCGAAGAAACUCCUAUGAGAUCCUACUUGAAUCUUCAUCUGGCUCUACAACAACUACGCGAUGCUGCUAAAGAUGCUUAUGGAGGGCUUGGAGAAGGUCCAAAGGUCAUGAUACUUGGACCACCAGAUGUGGGAAAGACGGCUCUUUCUCAUAUUCUAGUCAACUAUGCUGUAAAACAGGGAUCACGACCACUCUUGAUUGAUAUAGACACCAAUGAAGGUGGUUCAUUAACACUACCAGGUUGUCUUGCUGCUGCACCCAUAUCACGUCCUAUCGACAUAGAAGACGGUCUAGGUGCAUCGGCUAUAGUCACAGGCGCAACGCCAGCAGUUUGGUAUUAUGGAUAUCCAACUCCGCUAGAGAAAAAGGACAUGUACAAGUUGCUGACCACUAGAAUUGCCGAGUCUGUGAAGACCAAGAUGCAAGAAGAUCCAUUAGUGAGAUUGUCUGGCCUAAUUAUCGAUACUCCAAGUCAAUUUGUCGAUCCACAAUCUGAAUCGCUACUCGUCCAUGCCAUUGAAGCAUUUGGUGUGAAUGCCAUUUUGGUGGUAGCAAAUGAAAGGCUUUAUGCGAAACUAUCACAACAGUACGGAAGGCAACCUAAUAUAUCAGUAGUGAAACUUGCAAAGUCUGGCGGAGUGGUAGAUCGCAACCAAGUAUAUCGAAGAAGUCUCACAUCUCGCCGCAUCCGAGAAUACUUUUACGGUACUCCGAAAUCAGAAUUAUCUCCACAUAGUUCAACACUCCCCUUUUCCGAGUUGGUGAUUCGUAGAGUUGGAUUUGAAGGUGCUCUUGCCCCUUCUUCUGCUCUGCCUAUUGGCAUGGAACGGACUCUCAACGAAACACGGCUAUCAAGAGUUGAACCUAGUUCAAUUCUGCUGCAAUCUAUUCUAGCAGUGUCGAAUGCCUCACUCCCUGAAUUAGGAUCUCGAGUCCAGAGCUCCAAGGAAGAGGAGGACUCGGUUUUGGGAUCUAACGUUGCUGGGUUUCUGCAUGUGUCAGAUGUGGAUGAUCUCAAAAAGAAAAUCACCAUUCUCGCUCCAAAUCCCGGGCGUCUUCCCAGAAAGUACAUAAUCAUGGGAGCACUCAAAUGGGUAGAAAUGUAA